ACCACAAACCUUUAUUAACAUUUAACAUAACUCUGUUGUUGAUUGAUACAGGCGUACAUGUUUACGUAACUUGACUUUGUUUAUUUAAAGACGACAAAGCUGCUUGCCUGUCCAAGUCGAACUGAAAUCUGAUGCUUUAUAUUUCCCUGUCUUAAAUCUGACUAUUGUGGAUCAUCAUGGCUAAACGUGUUGCUGUGAUUGGAGGAGGAACUUCUGGACUGGCCUGCAUCAAAUGCUGCCUGGAUGAAGGUCUGGAGCCAGUGUGUUUCGAGACCAGUGAUGACAUUGGAGGACUCUGGAGGUUUAAGGAAAAUCCAGAUCCAGAUCGUGCAAGCAUUUACCACUCAGUGAUUAUCAACACUUCAAAGGAGAUGAUGUGCUACAGUGACUUCCCGAUCCCUGCCCACUUCCCAAACUACAUGCACCACUCCCUCAUCAUGGACUACUUCCGCAUGUACGCUGACCACUUCCAGCUCAAACAGCACAUCCGCUUCCAGACAAAAGUCCUUCAUGUUACACCAAGGCCAGACUUCCCUCACUCUGGACAGUGGGAUGUAGAGACAGAGUCCAAAGAUGGUCGUAGAGAGAAGCAGGUGUUUGAUGCUGUGAUGGUUUGCACUGGACACCACUGUCACCCUCAUCUCCCUCUACAGGACUUUCCAGGAAUAAACACGUUUAAGGGAAAAUUCUUCCACAGCCGUGAUUACAAAAACCCUGAAGAAUGGCGAGGGAAGAGGGUAGUUGUGAUUGGUAUUGGAAACUCUGGAGGAGAUAUUGCUGUGGAGCUGAGCAGAAUGGCCAAACAGGUUUAUCUGAGCACCCGAAGGGGAUCUUGGAUACUAAAUCGUGUAGGAGACAAUGGUGUUCCAGCAGAUAUGUUGUUUAGUAACAGAAUGGGUAAUUGGCUUAUUCAAAUGUUGCCUGUUGGAUUUAUCAACAAUUUUGGAGAGAAACAACUCAAUAAACGGUUCAACCACAAGCUCUAUGGGCUGCAGCCUGCUCACAGAGUUUUCAGCCAACAUCCCAUGGUCAAUGAUGACUUACCAAACCGCAUCCUCUCCGGUACCGUCUCAGUCAAGCCAAACGUUCAAGAGUUUCGUGGAUCAAGUGUGGUGUUUGAGGAUGGCACUGUUGAGGAUGACAUUGAUCUGGUGGUGUUUGCCACAGGCUAUACUUUCUCAUUCCCCUUCCUGUCUUCACAUGUAAUUCCUGUCUCAAAGAACAAAGUAUCCCUGUACAAAUACAUAUAUCCCCCAGGACUGGAGCGGCCAACUUUAGCCGUGAUUGGUCUGAUCCAGCCUCUGGGAGCCAUUAUGCCCAUCUCUGAGAUGCAGGCGCGCUGGGCCACGCGUGUUUUUAAAGGACUGUGCAAACUGCCUCCAAUGACUGCAAUGAUGAAGGACAUUAAAGCAAAAGAGGAAGCAAUGGCUCGAAGGUAUGUGGCCGCCCAGAGACACACCGUCCAGGUGGACUACAUCCCCUACAUGGAUGAGUUGGCUAAACAAGUGGGUGUCCGUCCUUCUAUCCUGAAGUUGCUCGUGACAGACCCUAGACUGGCUCUGAACGUCAUGUUUGGGCCCUGCACCCCGUACCAGUUUCGGCUGCACGGGCCGGGCCAAUGGGAAGGUGCGCGUCAGGCCAUCCUGACUCAGUGGGAUCGAGUCAACGAGCCCCUGAGAACACGCUGUACACCAGAGCCGCAGUCACAGCGCUCCUCUCAUUCACUCAUAUUCUCAGUGUCUGUUGCUGCGCUGCUGUCUGCUCUGUAUUACAGCAGAGCCAGCCUGCACACACUCAUAGCAGACCCUUCAUCACUCCUGGACAAGAUCAGGGCGUUAGUACCAUUGCCACUGACCACACAGUGAUCAUGCUAUAUGAAUCAGAAACAUACUUCAUAUGAAAUAUAACACCUUAAGAAAUGUACUUCCUUUUAGGUAAACCAUAGUCAACAUCAUGAAAAUGUCAGAAUUGACACAGUGCUUAUAUAAAAUGUUUGAUACUGAUAUUCAUCAGCAAGUCCCUCAAAAUUUUAAACACAGUUUGUGUAUAAUGAACAUUUCAUUUUAUUGUAAAAUAAUUGCUUUUAUUUGCUGUUUUGUAUGUAAUUACAUUUUAAUUGUAUAAUUGUGUGGUUUUAAUUCACUAGCAUGUAUUAGCACACUGUUUUGCAAGUAUUAUCUUAAUUAUGCAUCACCCUCAGCUGCUGCAGUUGGCAUGUCUUUUUAAGCAUGUUAAUUUGCUUUAAUAUUUAGUGAUAGUAGUAAUGACUGAUUAAAUUGUGUUGCAAAUCAAAUCUUAAAAUUGUAUUUAAAAAGCUACUUGUAGAUAGUCUAAGAAGAGGGUAGACUUUCAUGAGUUUCUUAAGUUGUAAAUGUGAAACUAAAGGAUCUACUUAAGAGUGGCCCAUCUUAAGCUAUAUACCAUUAAGUUGGGCAUCCUAACUACCCAAUUUGCAUGGAUGUUUGUAUGGCAUUGUACUGUUUCACCAACUCAAGAUGGGUUUGACAAGCGCUAAUAAACAGAAUAUAAGUUA